AUGCCCGCCUUACUAGAAGACCCCUCCACCCGCAACCCCCCACCACAAGCACAUGUUGAAGCUGCGCCGACUCUAUCAGCCCGGCGAACAACCCUGCCCAAAUCGGCCGAUUCCCCAAUCACUCUCCACCCCAUCAGCGAAGGACCGCAGAGUGUCCCAAAGGAUUUGAUCAAGUUCCUCCAUGACGAGUUCAGCGCGGAGAUUCUCCGCGGCAACACAUACCCCAUGGAGCAACCCUUGGCACUGGAUCAGUUCGCAGACUACUGGUUCGGGACAUUUGCGGUUCUGGCAAUUCUGGAUGAUGAGGGCGAAGGUCUGCGUGAGGGGAGAGACUGGGAGAAUGUUUGCCUGGGAACUUUUUAUAUUAAGCCUAACUAUCCCGGCCGCUGCUCCCACAUUUGCAAUGCAGGCUUCAUUACCACCAGCGCUGCACGAGGAAAGGGUGUCGGACAGGCUAUGGGCGAGGCUUAUCUGGAAUUUGCCCCCAGACUGGGAUACACAUACUCAGUCUUCAACUUGGUCUUCGCCAAUAACCCAGCUUCCAUCCGCAUUUGGGAGAAGCUCGGCUUUAGCGUCAUUGGGCGGGUCCCCAAGGCUGCACGCUUAGCCAACAGCGAGGAACUAGUUGAUGCACUGAUAUUCGGCCGGGAGCUAGGAAAUUAA